AUGAUAAGACAUAUUAUAAAGAUAUCUCAUAUUCCUAGUAAAAGAUUUUAUUCAAUCAUGUCAACUUCAAAGAAAACAAUUGCAUCCAAGGAACAAACACUUUCAGAAUUCCGUAAUUUAAUUGAUCAAAAAAUGAAAUCUAGACCAGAAAAACCUAUCGUUUGGGUAGAUUGUGAAAUGACCGGAUUAGAUGUUUUUGGAAAUGAUAAUAUUAUUGAAAUAUGUUGUUUAAUAACUGAUGGAAAUCUAGAAAUUGUAGAUGAAGAAGGAUAUGAAAGUACAAUUUAUUAUCCUAAAUCAAGACUAGAUCAAAUGAAUGAAUGGUGUAUUGAAACUCAUGGUAAAUCAGGUUUAACUGCAAAAGUAUUGGCUAAUCCUGAUAGAAAAUUGGAUAUUGUUGAAAAUGAAUUAUUAGAAUAUAUAAAAAAGUAUAUUCCAAAAGAAAGAGAUGCAUUAUUAGCAGGUAAUUCCAUACAUAUGGAUAGAUUUUUUAUGAUGAAAGAAUUCCCUAAAGUUAUUGAACAUUUACAUUAUAGAAAUAUUGAUGUUUCAACUAUAAUGGAAAUUGGUUAUAGACAUAAUCCUGAUUUAAUGAAAUGGCAACCAAAGAAAAAGGGAUCACAUACUGCUAGAUCAGAUAUUUUAGAAAGUAUUGCUCAAUUGAAAUGGUAUAGAGAACAUUAUUUAAAGCUGAAGGAAGAAACAAGAGACGACAUUGAAAAAAUUGCCAAUUCAAUGAGCCUGAUUGGUAUAAGUAAUGAAAACAAAUAG